GCAUUCCUCGGGAAAACGUCUUCAGUGGGAUGAGAGAGCUUCUCGCUGCGAGGAAAGGCAGCCGGGAGCAGGCGCCGGGGAGCCGCGCUGCUGCUUUUCCCCCGCAGAUCGGCUCGGAUCCCUCCUGGCAUGCUCCUCAUCCCUGAGGAUACCAUGUCUCAGUAUUCCACCAACUUCCUGCUGCUGCCCAUCCCGGAGUACCCCGCGCUGGACUGUGCGCCCAACAAAAUCAUCAAACUGGUGGUGCUGGGCGGCAGCAGCGUGGGCAAGACAGCCCUGGUCGUGCGCUUUCUCACAAAGAGAUUUAUUGGGGACUACGAAGCCAACACUGGUGCUUUGUACUCCAGGAAAUUCACCAUAGAUGGGGAGCAGAUCUCUCUGCAGGUGCAGGAUACUCCCUUUGUCUCACUGGAGGACGACACGGACAGCAUCUGCUGCCAGGAGCAGAUAAACCGCUCGAUCUACUGGGCCGACGGCUUCGUGUUCGUGUAUUCCAUCACGGACUACGAGAGCUUCCGCCUGCUGCGGCCGCUGCACCAGCACAUCCGCAGGAUCCACCCCAACGCCAACAUCCCCCUGCUGCUCAUGGCCAACAAGGGCGACCUGCUGAGGGCCAGGCAGGUGUCCUCCAAGGAAGGGCUGCAGCUGGCCACGGAGCUGGGCGGGACGUACUGCGAGGUGUCGGCGCGGGAGAACUGCGAGGGCGUGCGCGAGGCUUUCCAGCAGCUGUGCCAGGAGCUCAGCAGGAGCAGCAGCAGCUGCACCGGGGAGAAGAGGAGAGGUCUCCACCUUGUCCGGCCCAAGUCGCCCAACAUGCAGGACUUGAAGAGGCGUUUGAAGCAGGCUCUGACUUCCAAAGGCAAAUCUGCCACCACGCUCUGAUGAGGCCGCCCAGGAAUUGUGUUCCAGAGCCCUGGAUAUAAAAAAGGCAACAAGCUGGGGAAAAGGGGGAUCAAUUCAGCCCAUCAGGUUGUGUGAGAGGCUCUUUCAUUUGGUCUUCACGUCUUUCUCAAAAGGCCCCUGCUCGUUCAGCAAAGGAACUCGCAGAAUUUGCUCUCUGGGGCGGGGAUUUCGAAACCGUGGUUUAAAAAAAGAGAUCGUUCCAAAUUAUUUCUUUCUUUUAUAUUCUUUUUUUCCUUUUUCUUUUUUUUUGGAAAGGGGUGCAGUCGAAUAUCUUGGUGUUAAAAAGUGGGUUUUGUUAAUGAGAAUUGUGAAAUCUUACUUUUAAGAGAUGUGACUUCCCUUGGGAAUGGUUGUGUUCCCAAACACAGGCAGUGAACUACAGCAGGACAUGAGGAGAGCGAUGGGAGCAAGAAAAAUGGACCAGAUCUGCUUCAUUGCAAGACUGGGAAAUAAAUUAAUUAAUUCAUUUACAUGAAGAGCAUAAAUAGUGAAAAGUAUUCAUUCAAAGAAAGAGUUCUGAGCAGUGGGGAGAGAUUUGUUCAUAUGCAAACUUAAGCCUUACAGUGUCUCUUUAAAGGGAGAUUUUUUUAAAAAAUAAAUCACUAUUUUUACAGAUUAUUGUUGUUUAAAAGCACAGUGACUGCUUCUGAAAGUGAUUAUUUGGUUAAAAUACAAACUUGUGGAAGCAUUUUGCAGUCCAUUUCUCCAUGGCAUUUCUCAUUUUUCUGAAGGUUUCCUACAUUGGGAAAAGGGAAAAAUAGAUCAGAGUGGUUUAAAACCUGCCAAAAAAUGGACUGCACUUAUGAAGAGCAAGGAGGUCACUUAAAACUCAUAAUUUUUUUUUCCUAAACCAGUUAGACUUCAAGUUCAAAAUGCUUUUAAAGAAACAAAGCCUUCACACGAAGCACAUUUACAUUGUUACAUUGUUUGGGAUUUGUUUUUAAGAAGAAAAGUUUUUUAUGGUGCCUGAAAUUUUUGGCUUUGGGAAUUCAUUAUUUUGUUGUUUGAGUUCAACCCAGGCUUCCCUGAAGAGCUCCCAGAGCAUCCUAGCCUGUCAGGACAUAUCCCAGUGGCAGCGUCUGGUUGUGCCUCAGCACGUCCCAGGAUUUGGGGCUGUAUCCCAUAAAGUGAUUUAUGGAACCAAUAACGACAGCACGGAGCUCCCAGCGCUCUGCUCUCAGUGAGGGUGGGCUUGGACCGUGUCAAAUCCAUGAUGUACCAACCUCUUCUUCAAGCAGGGCAGAUGAGCAAUUCAGGGACCAUGAAAGGAAGUCAAGCUCAGUGAUUUAUACUCAGGGACACUGGAGGGAAACCCGACUUUGAUGGAUAUGGAAAAACACUCCCAGCUGCAGUUUCGCCUGAGCUAAAUCAACCUUUUCCUCAUUAGGAGUGGCAAAAAUGGAGUCUGAUGAGUAUUUGUAUGGCUCAGGGCUUUAAAGUGUACUUUGAAUUUUUCAUUUGCCUAUAUUAGACAGCUCUAGCCAUGAUUUUAUCACCUGGAUUUGCCUUAUCUCCAGCUCACUUUCUGUUUUAUUUAUUGUUUUCCACAGCUGCUCAUCUGAGAAUGUCUUGUGCUCUGAUUCAUUUAAGUCUUUCAUUCCCACGAAUUACCUGCACCUGUUUUUACAUUCAGUUUCAAGUGGGAUUAGGAGGGGAAAAGUUGCAUCAUCCAGAAAGGGACUCAAAUGAUAUCAGGGAAUUUUUACUUUGGCUUAUGCUUAAUUAACAAUUUGUUGUUUGAGCAGUGUCGUUAAUCAUCCCAGGCACUUUGGUAUUUAUGGCAGAGAAUUUCAACGUUUUAAAUUAAUAAUAGCACAGCUCAAAUAUUGAAUGUGAAGAUUCAAUAGCUCAAAUAUUGAAUCUAGAGAUUCAAUGGCUCAAAUAUUGAGUCUCAAGAUUCAAUAACAUGGAAUAGAGCAGUUUGCAAGACACACAGAAACUGAAGUAUUUUUGUAUUGGAAAAAUGAUCACCAGUUUUGAAUAGCAAUUAACAAUUUUGCCACUCCAGUACUGUAUAACAAGGGCUAAAUUUGCUGCAGACAAUUUGCUGACAUUGGUUUUCAUGAAAGCCUAAGAGAAUUUGUGCUCCAGCUUGGUAGAUUUGUUUGCAACUUCCUUCAGCUCAAAUCCUUUCUGAUUUGGGAAGAAAUGUUGCCAAAAUUCAGUGUUUUAGUUUUGUUAGUGAUUAAUGAAAACAUGCAAGGUCUUCCCUGAGCAGUGAAUAAAAUGGCUCCUUUAUGUGUCACAUAUUUAAAUAUUCAUUAUUUACACUAAAAUCUAUUGUUUUCCCGCCUUACAACCUAAAACACUCUGCUUUGGAAAUAUUCCGUAUGCAAAUAAGUAUUCCCACAUUCCUGUGGGGGGAAAAAAGGGAAAUCUGCAUUUUGGCUAAAACCAAAAAAAGAUUGAAACAUUUAAAUUUUCUCUU